AUGGCAGCCUACAACCAAGCCUCCUCGUCCCGCCCGUCCUCUGCCGCCGCCCAUCACGCCGGUCACCACCCCCAACUCCGCCUCCCUCUCUCUCACCACGGCCUCCCGCGUGGCCCCACCUCGCCGGAGAACAGCUUCAGCAGCCGCUCGCAGCGGUACGAGCCGCUCUCCAAGAACGCCACUACCGCCACUUCCGCACUUCGCCAGCAACAUGACCGCCACCAUCACCAUCACCGUCCAGCCAGCAGCGUCCGCCACAGCACCAACGGAACCCCUCGUCUCUCCAACACCAAGCCCAACGAUCGACACUACUCCAGUGACGACGAGGACGGCGAGGAUGAUGCCAGCUACUCGGACGACUACUAUGACGACGACGAGGACGGCUACCACUCCUACCCGCCUUCUCCAACCGCCGCCGCCGGCCCAGCCCUGUCCCCGCCACGCACGCCCGGCCACUUCUUCCGCCUCUCCGUCGCCUCCUCGUCGACAUCCAGGACGGACGUGGACGCCCCGCCCUCGCCGCCCAUGACGCCCUUCUCCCCCGGCGCUUUCCCAGGAGGCUCCAUGGAGUCGUCCAGCGAGGAGCUCGCGCAGUGCUGCUUCCGCUGCCGGUGCAGUCUCCCGGAACAGAAGCAGCAGCAGCAGCAGCAGCAGCAGCAACAACAGCAGCUCCCGUCGUUGUCCGCCAAGCUCGCCGCCGUGACGAAGCUGCAAACCCAGCAACAGCACGCCAGCGUCCAGCGCGCGCGCUCCAUGGACGAGAUACCCAGCCCCAUCCGGCGGAUGAUGUCGACGCGGAGCGUCGGCGGCGGCGGCGGUGCCAAGAGCACGGACGUGCUGCCGCGGCAGAACGACGUCGACGGCGACGACGACAUCAUCGACCCUGCGGUGCAGAGGGGGUAUGGUAGCGGCAAUGCGGCGGCGGCUGCUGCUGUUACCGCUAGGGGAAGCGGCAGCGGUGGCGUUCUUGUGGGGCGGCCUCCGUCGUCGUCGUCGUCGUCUUCGUUUGCGGUCAAGUUUGGGAAGAAGAUCAGGCAGAAGUUGGGGGCUUCUUCUUCUUCUUCUUCUUCUUCUGCUGGUGCCGGCCUCGGCGGGGGUCAUGGCUCCUCGGAGGCGGCGCGGCCGUUUUCUUCCUCGAGCAGGGAGAGUGGUGGCGCCGCUGGAGGAAGCGGCGGUGAUGGCGGUAGUAAGAGGAUGAGGGCGUCGUCAUCGGUGGCGAGGUUGUCGGCGAGCGCGAGCAACGGCAGCGGCAGUAGGAAGGUGGAGUAUGAGGAGAUGGAGGAUGUGCAUUGGUCGGAGAUAUGA